AUGCUAUCCUUCAACGGAGCUGUUCAUGUUGAUAUUGCUUCUAUCCUCCCGAGAUACAACAAACUGGGCUUCUCUAUAGAUAAGGUGGCUCCAGCUAUAGAAUACGCCAUCAAACGUCUGAAAGAAAACAACACAGUACCCAAACUCAAUAUAACCGUUUCCUACGAGGAUUCAAAGUGUUUUAGCGCCGAAUCUGUGAACCACGCCUUCAAUUUUUAUAUGAAAAGAAAAGUGCAUGUCUUUUUUGGCCCUGUGUGUGAUUUCGCAGCAGCACCGGUCGCCCGCCAGAUCACCUACUGGAAAACGCCCAUGCUCUCCGCGGGGGCAAACGCCAUGGAUUUUGCUGUGAAUAAAAAACGUGAUUACCCCUACCUGACGCGCGUAGGGGCUCACUUCGGGGACAUGGUGGAGUUCAUAACAUCCCUCUUCAGUGAUUUCAACUGGUUCAACUAUCAGCUGAUAUACGAAGACGACCCUGACAAGAACAGAGAGAACAAAUGUGAGAGUAAAGUUGACUACUUCAAGAUGUGUUACUUCGCUGGCGAGGCUCUGGUGCAAUAUACGCCCAAGAAGGCUACCCUGAAGCACGAGAAAUUGAAGAGUUCAUCUGAAUUGAAAGAACAGCUUACAGACACAAUUGGCGCCAAUGUCGGAGUUUUCUCUGUUUUCUUUAUCAUUUUGGAUGUCACCGUUGUGAUCUCUGACAAAAGUCACCAUAUGGACCACUUUGGUAGGAAGCUGCAAGGUACGGUGAACGUUGCGGCGAUUCUUCCCGCUCAAUCUGCUAGAUUGUUUUCUAGGCAGCGAGUCUCCCAGGCCCUGGCCAUAGCCGUCAAUGCAUCCAGUGCCUACCUGGGGAAAAUAAACAUGGUAGUCUAUCACGGGGAUUCCCUGUGCGACAUAGCUGAGGGGAUGCACCAGGCCUUUGAAUUGCACCUGAGAGGGGAGGCCGAUGUCUUUCUGGGGCCGGCCUGUGACUUUGCCGCCGCUCCUGUUGCCCGGCAGGCGAAAUUUUGGGACACCCCUGUAAUCAGCGCCGGGGCUUUUGCCAUGGAGUUUAAGCAAAAACGAACAGGCAUGUACCCGACCCUUACACGAGUCGGUGACAAUGUUCACUCUUUGACAUAUUUCAUUCACCGGCUGAUUAGGCAAUUCGGGUGGAGAAAUUUUCGGCUAAUCUACGAGAAGGAGGGACAGGAUAAUAUCAUUACGUCGUUUUGCCACGUUGUUUCAGAAGGACUGAUAUACAUCAGUUCCAAGGAAGACAGCGAGCCCGUGGAAUACAAAAGGAUCAAAGAUGGUCUGGACGGUAUUUUGCAGGAAUUUCUGGGGAUCGACAAUGGCGGUAGGUUUAUUGCUAUCGCUUUACUCGUAGGUUAA